AUGUCCACCACGGUCGCCAUCGCCGGCGUCACCGGUAGUCUUGGAAGACUUAUUGCGGAGUACCUAUUGGCGAAGCCUGAUGUCCUUAUCCACGGCCUCUGUCGCACGCCUUCCAAGCUUCCUCCGUCGCUCCGGGACGAACCUCGUCUCACCGUCUAUGCUGCUGCGUCCUCGACCGACAUUCCUGUGAUCCAGGCGGCUCUCCAUGAUGUCGACGUAGUAAUAUGCUGUUACCUGGGCCCUACCUCCCUCAUGGUUGAGGGGCAGAAAAUCCUCAUCGACGUAUGCAUCGCCGAGCGGGUUCCUCGUUACGUUGCCGGAGACUGGUCAAUGGAUUUCCGCAAGUUGGAGCUCGGCCAGCACCCAGCCAAGGAUCCGAUGAAGCUCGUGCAAGCGUAUCUGGAGGAGAAGGAGGCGGCCGGACAAAUAAAGAGCCAGCGGCCGUGGGUGGGCAUGUGGGACGCCGACCGGCAGCUGUUCAAGUAUUGGGGUACGGGAGAUGAGCGAUGGGAGUUCACCACUUAUCGAAACGCCGCCCAGUUCACAGCAGAAGUGGCGGUGGACAAGGAUGCUACGGGAUGGUUUUCUUUCCGUGGUGACCAUGUCAACAUCAAAGAGAUCGCCGCAACCUUCCAGGCCGUCUACGACGAAGAGCCAGGAUUAGAAAGACUAGGAAGCCUCGAGGACCUUUACACGCUCAUGCACGAUAAGCGGCGUCAACAUGUGGGAAAUCCCAAGGCCUGGUUGGGUCUCUUCUACACAUACUACUCACUCAACGGUCAAACGGCCCUGCCGAUGCCGCUCGACAACAUGCGUUAUCCCACUGUCAAACUUACCACCGUGCGAGAUUUCUUUGCUCGAACACCAAAGGAUCGAAUCGGAAAGUUUGGAGUACUUCAAGAGUGA